AUCCCUAUACAGCAAUCAUCUCGUAGAAUAGGACAAGUAAUCAGGCAAUGCAGAAGCCGCGGAUAUUAGGACUCGGGUAUAUUUAAACAGUCAUGCCACCCGACUCUAAUGUGUGAGACGUAGUGUCUGGCAUGAUAUGAGAUCUACAACUACGAUUAUAGCAGCGACCCGUAUCCGGACAAUUGACCCCUGAUCAUCAAUUUGUCGAUCCCAGAGCUCGAACCAUCAUGCGCUUAUCAUUAAUCGCCGCCGUAGUGGCUUACGCCUCAGUCGCCUCAGCGGCGAUCAGCUGGUCCCUACAAAAAUCCUCGAGUCCAACAGCAGACCAGGCAGAAGCAUACAAGCUCAUCGAAGCCGCCAUGACGAAAGCCGUCGCGCGCUACGCGAGAUUCACAAACGCCGCCAAGACGAUAAGGGUAGCGUAUAGCCCGGGCGUCCCAACGGCCGAAGCCAACAUCAACGGCGACCUCCGAUUCGGAUCCAAUCGCGCUUACAUGACGGAGCGCACGGCCAUGCAUGAGAUCGCGCACACGCUCGGAGUCGGUCAGACGUCGAGAUUCGAUCAAAACUGCGCGAGCGGAAAUUGGCCUAACGCGCUGCCACUGCUCCGGUCCUUCGAUGGGAAUAGCGCCAAGAUCAACUGUGGCGGCGGACACUUCUGGCCAUAUGGGCUUAACUAUGAGACUGAGUGGAGUGAGACCAAUGGUAACAGACAUGUACAAAUGGUGGAUGCUAUGAUCAAGGACGGAAUAGGAUCGCGUUAAGUGAUGAGUUGUAGUGGUAGUUCAUUAGUAAAUAGAGCGGAUGAAAUGAUUGAGACUCCCUUUAAGAAUUA